UAGAAGGGAUGUUUCUUCAUUUCCUGAAAGAACUGGAAAAUGACAGCAACAAAUUCCAAUGGAAGGGAUCCUUCCAGAGAUGACAGCCUGGAGAGAUUAAAUUACUUUAAAAAAGAUGACUUUGAAAAUGACUGGGACAAAGUGGCCGAGCACAAGUUUGGUCGAGUCUAUAAGGUGAAGCUUAAACUCUGGCGGCAAACAUGUGCCCUAAAGACCAUGACCAGUGACUACAGGAACAUGAUAAAUAUGUCUAAAAUUGGCAACAUGAAAUUCAAUUAUUUAAUCUUCAUUUACGGAAUAAGCAAAGAUCCACCUGUUUUAGUGAUGGAAUAUAUGAGCAAAGGAUCCCUGGACAACAUCCUCAACAGUCAUGUCUUAAUGUGGCCCAAGAAGUUUCAAAUGAUCCAUGAAGUAACCAUGGGCAUGAAUUUUCUGCACAGUCUUAAGCCUCCCAUUCUUCAUUUGAAUUUAAAACCAGCCAACAUCCUUCUUGAUGAUCAUCUGCAUGUGAAGAUUUCAGAUUUUGGCCUCAUUAAAUGGGAGGAGUUCUCUAGGAUGACGGAAUUCGUUGAACACCUAUCUGCUCGAGGAAACAUACAUUAUGUACCUCCAGAGACCUUUACCCAGAAUCCUGAACCCCCUGGAACCAAGUAUGAUGUAUACAGCUUUUCUAUUGUUAUGUGGGAAAUUCUCUCUCAACAGCGCUCAUAUCAAGGGCUGAGUAUGACAGAAAUAUUAAUCAGAGUGUCAACUGGCAAAAGGCCUAGUGUUGAGAAGAUCCCCGAAGACAAGCCCCCAGAGUGCCACGACAUGAUUGGUGUCAUGGAGCAAUCCUGGCACCAAGACUGCAACCAGCGACCUGCUUUCUCCGAGACAGUUCGGUUGACUGAAGUCCUUAGUGAAGUCCUGAAAAUCCCAGACACAAAGUCACGGGGUGAGAUAAGGAAGAGUCUGACUAAACAGAUUUGGCUGAAUGCAUCAAACAAAACUGCUGACACUUCAGGCAACACAAGUAUUUACUCUCUCCUUGUAAAAAAGGACUUUGAGUCUUUUAAGAAAGUUCUAAAAAAAGAGCAUGUAGCGAUGCUCUUCAAAGACAAUGACUCUCUUCUUCACCAUGCUGUGGCAAGUGGGGACAAAGAAAGUGUGCAGAUGGUCCUGAAUCUGGGAGCCUCUGUGAACUGCCAGAGUGUAAAAGGCUACACCCCUCUAAUCAUCGCAGUCCUGCACAAGUAUUAUGAGAUCUGCAGCCUACUGACAGACUGUGGGGCUGAUACCACCCUCAGCGAUGGUGACCAAUGGACCGCGCUGCAUUUCGCCACCCAGGCUGGUGAUGACAGAACCACUCGCCUUUUGUUAAACAAUAAGGCGAGAGCUGAUGCCAAGGAGAAGGAUGGAUGGACGCCUUUGCACUUAGCUGCUCAGAACGGCCACGAGAACAUCGUGAGGAUUUUGCUCCCACGUCUGGAUAGUGUGGAUGAGCAAGAGCGCCAAUCUGGCCGAACGGCACUUCACGUGGCUUGUGUUUAUGGCCAUGUAAAUAUAGUCAAGCUCUUGCUCAAACAAGGAGCUGAUGUAAACAAAGCAGAUAACUUUCAGUCCACAUCUCUACACCUGGCAGCAGAUGGGGGGCACUUCAGAGUAGUGCAUUUGCUGAUGAAUGAGAAAGCUGAUUUGCAAAAAUUUGAUGAUCAAAGCUACAGUCCCCUUCACUUUGCCGCUCUCAAAGGAUACGCAGGUAUCUGCAGACUCUUACUGAGUAAAGGAGUAGACCCUGACAGCAGAACCCAUCAGAACUGGACAGCCAUGCACCUGGCAUCCCUAAAGGGCCAUCCCGAGACUGUUCUUGUUUUGGAGGAGCACCACGGCUCAGUCAACGUCCAAGGGAAGGAUGGUUGGACACCUCUACACCUGGCCUGCCAUCAUGGACAGGAGGAAGUGGUUUCAGUCCUAUUAGCAGCAGGUGCUGACCCAAACUUGGCAGAGGAUAAUGGUUGGACACCCCUUCACCUGGCCUGUAACAGUAGCUGCUUCCCUAGUGUCCUACAGCUGAUAUCACAUCAAGCCAAUGUGAAUGCCCUGAACAAUAACCAGUCGACACCAUUACAUUUAGCUGCCCAGCUCAGCAACAUCCCCAUUAUCAAAGCUCUGCUAAUGAAUAAUGCACAGCAAGGUAUGCUGGACUCUAAAGGAUGUACUGCCUUAACCAUGGCUCAACGAGGCAACAACACAGAAGCUGUACAGUUACUGGACAGCUAGUACAGAGGUUGAGAUACAGAGAGCAAGCCACGCUCGGUGACAGAUAACUCCACCAUUAAAAGGAGUCAAGCAUUGAUUUCUACUAUUGAUUUCUUCCCUCUGCAAAGCCUGUUCUUAUAAACACAGUCACUGCUCUUGAUUUAGAUUCCAAGAAUUUAACACAUUUGUAUGGGUUUAGUCAACAGCUCAGGUGUAAUGUAAGUAUUUGGAAUGAAUCAAAAAUAUUACAUUUAACACCAUCAGUACAUAUAUUUGUUGAAUAUUUUUCAGGGUAUAAAUGUGUUUACCACAAAGUGUGGGAUGUUGAUACCUUCAGUAAUUAUGUAUUUUAUUUUAUUUAUUGCUUUUAUACUUGUUAUGUCAUGUUCCCUUGAUCUGUAUACAGUAAUAAUGUAAUGCUGAAAAAAUCAUAACCAUUCAUGGCAUUCAAAUGGAAUGCUACUUUCACGGACAAAAGCAAAAAAACUUGUUUGACAACAUGCUUCUCGCUUCCUAACAUGCGUCUGCUCUUGUUGGACAGUUUUGUCCAAAGUACAUGAACAUUACCAAAUGCUUGUAAAACAGCUUGGUGGAAUGUCUCUACCCCAUUUUAUACUGCCCUACUAAUGCAAAAUGCAGUGACUACAAUACUGAGGAAAAGACCCCAUUUUCACUAGUUAUUAAGAUGCAUUUUUGGUGGUCGGAUCACAUGUGGUCAGUGCAAAAUACAGGUCUAAAUGGGGUCUAAAACAUAUUGUGAUUGGAUCACAAAAAAACUCAUACCAAUGUGGGCAAAAAUGCAUCUGAAUGUAUCACAUUUGAGGUGUAAACACUAAUCCAUCCUGCAUACUUCCCGGUAGCAGCGAAGCACCACCCGUCACCUGUCAGUCAACCACUGUGCUAAAACAAAAGUUUAAACUUUGCCGAUUAUGAGCGGUUUUAAAAGGAAAUAACCAUUUAAUCGGGGGAAAAAAAAUGAAAAGCUGAUAUAUACACAAGCACGAGAACUUCACAGGUCUUCUUCAGUGUGUCUCAUAUCAACAUGCAGAGGGACCCUGCAAAUUCUGUAAUUACUGUUUUACAUUUGCAUGGCUUUAUGUCGUGGAUAACAGUCGAAGAUUGUUGUCUCUUUGCAAGAAAUCUCUCAGAGUCAGAGGUUCCAAAGGUCAGGGGUAUAACUUUAUUAAGCGUUCAAUAAACCUGAGAAGGCCAGCUGUGCAUUCUGUCUUCCAGUUCCAGCCUCUCAGGUGUUAUUCACUUCUGCUAUCUACCUUGAAACUAUAAAUCAUUCAACUUUCUGACUUCUAGCCAAUGAGCUUGCAUCUUAGUUUACCACCAUUGACUUCUCUCUAUUGGUGGAAACUUAAUGCUUGCUUUGUUUUUUAAAAACAUGUCUUGUAUAUCUAAUUUCUAUACAAUAGUCAUAUUCUCUGUAUACAAAGAGCAUCUAUUUCUUGUUCUAUGUGUUGGCUGAACAUGUGACAUACAACUGAUCGUUGGCUGGACUUGUGAUAUACAUCUGUCCAUCACAUGCAUCAGUUUCUUGUUUGUUAACAUUCAUUGAAAAUAUACCAUAUGUGCAGUCGUAAAUAUUUUUUCAACAUCGUACUGGUGCUAUACUGGCAAAGCAUAUUUAAAUGAAUGUGAUGUCAACACAUAACUGAAAUGCACACAUUUGUAUCUGAAUUUAAAUUACAGUACAUUAUUCAUAUCAGAAUAUGAUUUAAAAGCUUAAAUAUGUACUUCAUUGCAGUAAUUUCACAUUUUGUCUUGCUUGUUGAAGAAGAGAACCAGUAAUGAGUAUUCUGAGCUGUUGAAACAAACAUCUGAAUAACAGAAUUGCUCUUAUAUUCACAAGGUUCCUCCUUGCUUUUAUCCUAGUGUAUGUUAAUUAAACAUCAAUACCUUGUGAAGGAAUUUUUUACAUAUACAUCUCAUUGUCACACACUGCAGUUUGGUCUGCAGCCUCUCCACUGUAAUGUACAUAACAUUUUCAAUAUUCAAUUCCUCAUUAAAGUCUGCAAAAGAACAAUUGCUUUCACAAACAUGUCUACUGCAUGUCUUCUCUGUUGAUGUAACCCUAAUUGGUAAGCUGUUAUUUAAAAUUAAAUUGUCUUCUUUUAAUAGCAUUUUUCUCAUGCCGGUUUUUUUCCUGCAGAGGGAUUUACUGUAAAGAAACAAUAAAACAGUAACCUCACAUGGGAUUA